GAGACAGGGAAGAGGCGUGGCUUUCUACCCAGAAGCCGAGUGUAGGCAGAUGAGAGUCAGAGAGAAGCCGGGAUCCUACUAUGAGUUGACGGUUCUGAUGCAAGAGAAACCCCAUCGCCGUAGAGAUCACCUUAACCAACAGCCAUGAAGACCCUCCUAGUUUUUGAUUUUGAUCACACCAUUAUUAAUGAUAACAGUGAUACCUGGAUUGUCCAGUGUGUUCCCGGGAAAAAGCUCCCAAACGGGUUGCAGAAUUCAUACGAGAAGGGCAAAUGGACGGAAUACAUGGGCCGAGUGUUCAGCUACCUAGGAGAGCAAGGAAUUCGAGAGGAGGACAUGAAAAGGAUCAUGAUCGCUAUUCCCUACACCCCGGGCAUGACUGACUUGCUGCAUUUUAUUGGCCAAAACAAAGACUCCUUUGAUUGCAUCAUCAUCUCGGACUCCAACACCAUCUUCAUUGACUGGAUUCUAACGCACGCCAACGUUCACAAUGUGUUCGACAAGGUGUUCACUAACCCUGCGGCCUUUGACAGCGUCGGAAAUCUCACUGUUCAGAAUUUUCAUGUCCACCACUGCACAACAUGUCCUACAAACCUGUGUAAAAAGAAGGUCUUGGAAGAAUUUGUGGCCAAGCAGUCCUCAAACUCCGCCCACUAUUCAAAAAUUGUCUAUGUCGGUGACGGGGGGAACGAUCUCUGCCCUGUGACGUUCCUCAAAAAAGGCGAUAUAGCCAUGCCGAGGGCGGGUUAUACGUUAGAUAAGCAUAUUGCCAAGGACGUCACCUUGGUUGACUCAACUAUAAGUGUAUGGUCAACGGGUGCUGAAAUCCUAUCUCACCUGAAACUGCUGUUGGAACAUUAGGGGCCCAUACACCUGAUCCUGUGAUAUUCAGAUGUUACUGAUUGGUGGGCAGCUCCAUGACUAACACAAGAGGGAGGAGACAAAGUAGUACUUGGAGAUACAAUGCAGACACCUGACCCAUACCUACAAUACACACCCAAAAUCAGCAUGAAGCCACCAGGUAUGAUACCAGCAGAGAAAGAAGGAGGCGGAAACAUAGAAGAACUAAAAGUAUUUCUACAUCUGACCCAACAGCAAAAUAUUUACCGGUGAUUUAUUCCCAUGACCCAUGACUCAAUACCACCCUAAAAGUGGUCCACAGUGAAAGGCUCCCAUGGGUGGUCAACUUACAGCAGGACUCUAGAUUAUGGGACAGGGAGGUUUAUUUGCUUUGCACAUGGGGAUGGUGAAUACACAAAUAAAGUGCAGAAUGUUGGCAUGACUCUAUA